AUGGGUUCUGUUCCUGCUGAGAUUGGAGGUCGCCUGGCUGGCAAGAAUGCCGUCGUCACUGGCGCUGCUGGUGGCAUUGGCUUGGAGACGACCAUUCUUUUCGCAAAGGAGGGUGCCAGCGUUGCCAUGGCCGACAUCUCUGCCCCGGCACUUGAAAAGGCAAAGGCCAAGGUGCUCUCGCUGCUCCCGUCGGCCAGAAUCGAGACCAAGGUCACCGAUGUUUCCAAGGAGGACCAGGUCAAGGCCCUCAUUGAUUCGGUCGAUGCUUGGGGCGGCCUUGACAUUAUCUUCAACAAUGCCGGAAUUAUGCACGCCAAGGACGACGAUGCCGUGAACACCCCCGAGGAAAUCUGGGAUCUGACACAGAACAUCAACGUCAAGGGUGUCUGGUUCGGCAGCAAGCACGCUGUUCUCGCCCUCCGCCGCAACAAGAAGACCAAGGGCUCCAUCAUCAACACUGCCUCAGUCGUCGCCCUCGUCGGUGCUGCCACUCCCCAGCUUGCCUACACCGCCUCCAAGGGUGCUGUUCUCGCACUCACCCGUGAGCUCGCCAUGGUCCACGCCCGCGAGGGCUUCCGCUUCAACUCCCUGUGUCCCGCGCCCCUCAACACCCCUCUGUUGCAGGAUUGGCUCGGCGACGAUGUUCCCAAGCGCAUGCGCCGCGAGAUCCACUUCCCCACUGGCCGCUUCGGCGAGGCCAUCGAGCAGGCCCAGGCCGUUCUCUUCCUCGCCAGCGACGAGUCAAGCUUCGUCAAUGGCCACGACAUGGUUGUUGACGGUGGCAUGACCAAGGCCUACGUUACCCCCGAGGGCCCCGCGGCGCCCGCCCCCAUCAACAACGCUAGCCGAACCAGCCUCGAGUAA